ACCACCAGGAAUGAUUCGCUCCUUUGUUAAGGUUUUGGCAGCUUUAUUUACUUAUUUCAUGGAGACAAACAACUUCAGAGUUGUGGAUGCCAAGGAGCAUGAUUCCAGAUCAUCAUCCUCCAACAUGUCUCCAUCAGACUUUCUGGACUCACUCAUGGGUCGCACGUCCGGGUAUGAUGCACGAAUAAGACCAAAUUUUAAAGGUUCACCAGUUAAUGUUACCUGCAACAUAUUUAUCAACAGCUUUGGUUCUAUAGCAGAAACUACAAUGGAUUACAGAGUGAACAUCUUCCUGCGGCAGAAGUGGAAUGACCCUCGGCUGGCGUAUAGUAAAUACCCAGAUUCCUCCCUCGACCUGGACCCAUCCAUGUUGGACUCCAUAUGGAAGCCUGACCUCUUCUUUGCCAACGAGAAAGGGGCCAACUUCCAUGAUGUCACCACAGACAACAAGCUGCUGCGAAUCUUUAAGGAUGGGACAGUCCUCUACAGUAUCAGGUUGACUCUCAUUCUGUCCUGCCCAAUGGAUCUGAAGAACUUUCCGAUGGAUGUCCAAACUUGUACCAUGCAAUUGGAAAGUUUCGGCUACACCAUGAAUGACUUGAUCUUUGAGUGGCUGGAGAACAGUGCAGUGCAGGUGUCAGAUGGGCUCACACUGCCUCAAUUCAUUAUGAGGGAAGAGAAGGAGCUAGGCUACUGUACAAAACACUACAACACUGGUAAAUUCACCUGUAUAGAAGUGAAAUUUCAUCUGGAGCGACAGAUGGGGUACUACCUGAUCCAGAUGUACAUUCCUUCCCUCCUCAUUGUCAUCCUCUCGUGGGUGUCUUUUUGGAUCAAUAUGGAUGCUGCUCCUGCUAGAGUGGCGCUGGGCAUCACCACUGUGCUUACCAUGACCACCCAAAGCUCCGGCUCCAGAGCUUCUCUUCCAAAGGUUUCUUACGUGAAAGCCAUUGAUAUCUGGAUGGCUGUGUGUCUGCUCUUUGUAUUUGCUGCAUUGCUCGAAUAUGCUGGGGUUAAUUUUGUCUCCAGGCAACAGAAAGAGUUCCUACGCCUGAGGCGAAGACAAAAGAGGAAUCACAAGGAUGAUGAUGUGCGUGAAAGCCGCUUUAAUUUUGCUGGCUACAAUAUGAGUCAGUGUCUGCCAACAAAGGAUGGCUCAGCUGUUAAGAACGCUGCUGCAGCUCCGAACCCUCAACCAUCAGUCCCCAAGGACAUAGACACCAUCAGGAAGAAGUUUGUGGACAGAGCCAAGCGGAUAGACACUAUCUCCAGGGCCGCCUUUCCUAUGGCGUUCCUCAUCUUCAACGUCUUCUACUGGGUUACCUACAAGAUCAUCAGGUAUGAGGACGUCCUCCUAAAGUAAAGAACUUAACCCUUGACAAACAACAUUUAUUUUUUUCUCAGAUUGAGAAAUGCUUGGAAAGCACAGUGAGAUGAUGAGAUGGGAAACAUUGAGAGGUACCAUGGUGGUGAUGAUGAUGGUGGUGUUCUUUCAGGGAUAAUGUAUAAUGUUCAUGCAUCAUACAGUAAUGCUCAUGUUCUGAUAAUGUGAGAUUUUUUUGUCGUUGUACUGCUGCAUAAUACUUCCUGACAAAUCUGGACAAAUGGUUUUAACUCAAGGCUUAGUAACAUGCUGGAGAAGAUGGACCAAAUUGUUUUUGUUAAUUAAUUCUUCCUUGGCAUCUGUGCAAGGAAAAAUGAAACAUUCCAUAGAUUUGUAACUGUAAGGUAGC